CAGAAAAAUCGAUACGACCACAGGUAGCACGGCUGUCAACAAACAUGGCUUUGAGACGAGCGCUGCAUUUUGUUUUCAAAGUUGGUGACAGGGCCAAAACUGCCACCUUUUACAGAGAUGUUCUAGGUAUGAAGAUUUUAAGACACGAAGAGUUUGAGGAAGGCUGCAAGGCAACUUGUAAUGGCCCCUAUGAUGGGAAAUGGAGCAAGACAAUGGUUGGCUUUGGUCCAGAGGAUGACCAUUUUGUUGCUGAACUGACCUACAACUAUGGUGUGGGAGAAUAUAAACUUGGCAAUGACUUCUUGGGGAUCACUCUGCAGUCGAGCCAAGCUGUAAGCAAUGCUAAAUGUCUUGGGUGGCCUCUCACUGAGGUGGGAGAGGCUCUGUAUCUGACUCAGGCUCCUGGGGGCUAUCCUUUCUAUCUGGUGGACAAAGAGCAACCUCCUAAUGACCCUGUGCAGAAGGUUUGUCUCGGGGUAUCAGACCUCCAAAGAUCGACCCACUACUGGUCCACACUCUUGGGGAUGAAAGUGAUGGACAAAAAUGAGGAAAAGAAGAUGGUGCUCAUGGGAUUUGCAGACAGUCAAUGUAAACUGGAGCUUCGGGACAUUGGAGGGAUGGUUGACCAUGGAACAGCUUUUGGGAGAAUAGCGUUUUCAUGCCCGCGGGAGCAACUACCGGAUAUUGAAGCCUUGAUGAAAAAGGAAAAUCAGAAAAUUCUCACCCCAUUGGUCAGCUUGGAUACUCCUGGAAAAGCUACAGUAGAAGUGGUUAUUUUGGCUGAUCCUGAUGGCCAUGAGAUUUGUUUUGUGGGAGAUGAGGCCUUUAGGCAGCUUUCCAUGUUGGAUCCCAAAGGGAAUGAGUUCCUUGAUAAGGCUAUGGCUGAAGAUAAAAGUGAUGAAUGGUUUGCCAAACACAACAAACAGAAGACUGCUGCAUGAGAUGGAGCAGCCGACCUGUCAGUUUUCAUCAGUUAAUGAGGAUGAGAUGCCGCACAACGCACCUGUAGCAUAGAUCUGCCUUAGGCUGGCAGCGUAAGAUUAAUUUUGUGUUAUGUAAAAACAUUUGUGCCCUGAGAUGAUGUAAUGGACCACUUGUUAUGGAUUUUUUUCCCUAUAAAUAUUCUUCCUAAAAGCAAGGCUGAGUGAUGGGCAAAAAACAUUAAGUCAAGUCAGUUUUAUCUAUAAAAGACAUUUCAAUGUGAUCUUAAUUUUGUGCACAUGAACCUGUUGUUUUAUAUUCUACCCAUGUCUACCUGUAUUUAGAAAACAUGUGCCAUACAGCAUAACAGAAAUUAAUUAAGGAGAAUUUGCCUGAUUUUGUAUGUUCUUCCUUAUUAGUUGAAGCAUUUUGCAUAUAUGCAAACAAUCAAAUGACCAAAAGGCUGGCAGGUGCAGGGAUGUUACCUGAGAAUGUAGAAAUACGUUUUUUUCCCAAAGGGGGGUGGCAGAGGAGUCUAACACUUGUGUGCACAAUGGGAAUAAAUUGUUUAUUUGGUAUUUGUAAAACUGAUGUCUGACUGGAAUAAAGGUUGCGCAUUUUA